AUGACUGUGGACAUGGACGCGGUGCUGUCCGACUUCGUCCGUUCUACGGGAGCAGAGCCGGGACUGGCCCGGGACCUGCUGGAGGGGAAGAACUGGGACUUCACGGCGGCCCUCAGUGACUACGAGCAGCUGCGGCAGGUCCACGCUGUCAACCUGUCCUACUCCUACAGCAACGACAGGCCCCUCCCCCUGGACAAGGACCGAGUGGGACGCCCGCUGCUGCAGAGGCAGGAGGAGGUGGUGCAAGCCACAGAGAAGCGUCUGUCCCGGGGCAUCUCCCACGCCAGCUCCACCAUCGUGUCUCUGGCGCGCUCUCAUGUGUCCACAGGGGGCGCCAGCAGCGAGCUCCUCCUGGACACGCCCCUUUGCACCUUCCAGCUUCCCAACCUCGCCGUGUACCGCGACGACUUCCGCACCUUCAUCGAGAGGGACCUGAUCGAGCAGUCCAUGAUGGUGGCCCUGGAGCACGCAGGGCGGUUGAACUGGUGGACCAAAGUCGUUCCAAACUGUCAGAAUCUGUUGCCGUUGGCGACCAGUGGGGAUGGAAACUGCCUGUUACACGCCGCCUCUCUCGGGAUGUGGGGCUUCCAUGACCGCGACCUGAUGCUGAGGAAGUCUCUGUACGCUCUCAUGGACCACGGGCCUGAGAGGGAGGCGCUGAGGAGGCGCUGGAGGUGGCAGCAGACGCUGCAGAACAAGGAGUCAGGGCUGGUGUACACCGAGGAGGAGUGGCAGAAGGAGUGGAACGAACUGUUGAAGCUGGCUUCCAGUGAACCCCGAAUACACUACAACACCAACACUACCAACGGAGCGGAGUCGUCAGAAGAGCCCGUCUAUGAGAGCUUAGAGGAGUUCCAUGUCUUUGUCCUGGCACACGUCCUCAAAAGACCCAUCGUGGUCGUGGCUGACACUAUGCUGCGCGACUCAGGGGGAGAAGCCUUUGCUCCCAUACCCUUCGGAGGUAUAUACCUACCUCUGGAAGUGCUGGCUUCCAAGUGCCAUCGGUCGCCCCUGGUGCUGGCUUAUGACCAGGCCCACUUCUCUGCACUGGUGUCAAUGGAGCAGAAGGAGGGCAGCAAAGAGCAAGUGGUCAUCCCUCUGACAGACUCUGAGCACAAGCUGUUGCCUUUGCACUUUGCUGUGGACCCUGGCAAGGACUGGGAGUGGGGCAAAGACGACACCGACAACGUCAUGUUGGCCAGUGUGGCUCUGUCUCUGGAGGCCAAGCUGCACAUGCUGCACAGCUACAUGACCGUGACCUGGCUUCCCCUGCCCUGCGAGCAGGCCCCCCUGGCUCAGCCCGAGUCGCCCACAGCCUCAGCAGGAGAAGACCCCCGCUCUCCUCCUGACUCUGAGUCUGAUAAAGAGUCUGUGAGCAGUAACUCCAACGGCACCACAGACACCAGCACCGCCCCCCAGUCCAAGACCCCCGCCAAGGACAAGAGCCGCAAGGACAAGGACAAGAAGAGGGCCGACUCUGUGGCCAACAAGCUGGGCAGCUUCGGGAAGAGCCUGGGCAGUAAGCUGAAGAAGAAUGUUGGGGGUCUGAUGACCGGCAAGGCCCCCGCAGUCGCAGGGCCCAAAGGGGACACAGUCGACAAGAAGAAGGGCUCCUUCAGGAGCCGGAAGGACAGCAAGGACAGCGGGUCGGCCCCGACCUCAGAGGAGUCGUCAGGCAGCGAGCGACAGGCGGGUCCCAGCAGCAGCAGCAGCAGCACAGAGACUGAGUACAGGUACAGUGCAGAGGUGAAGAGCAGCCUGGGCCUCCUGCGCAGCGCCAUGGCGGGGGAGCGCAGGUCUGUGCUGGCCAGCCUCCUCACCACCAGCACCCGUCAGCCCUUCCAGGAGGAGAUGAUCCAGCGCUACCUGCUGGACGCCGAGGAGCGCUUCAGGGGCGAGCAGGAGCAGCACAAACGGGACGCUGAGCGCCCCCCCCACAAGGACGUGCUGGGCCCCACCGACCUCAGCUACCGGCCGUACGAGCACAAGGACGAGGAGCCCGCCCCCUUGAACCCCGCGCUGUACUCUGCGGUGGUGCCCAUCCCCCGCCCCAGCAUCGUGCACCCUCCACACCUGCACCUGAGUGUGGAGGCUCGCCGGCCGCUGGCAGGGGGGGCUCCGGCCUCGUACCCCGGUCUGCCUCCAUACGCCACCUUACCCCGACACUACCCCACGGCCCAGGGCCCGCCUCAGCCUCAGUACCACCCCCCUGCCAGCCCCGCCCGCCUCCUCCCACCCUACCCCCCGGACCUCCCGGCUCCAGACUUCCUGGACCCUGAGCUGGGGCCCUUGUACAGUAACGGGCUGGGGGAGGCGCGGCUGCCGCUCAGACACUACUCUGUGGGCAGUGCGGGGGGGCUGUCCACGCGCUGCAGGACACUGGACUGUCCCUACUACGGACACCCCGAGACCAGUCACUUCUGUUCUUACUGUUACCGCGAGGAGCUGAAGAAGAGGGAGCCCGAGCCGGACAUACACAGAGGAGCCGGGGCUAAUGUCACAGCAGCAGUCCACAGAGCCGCAGCACAGAGACUGUCCACUCUGGCCCCUACUGUCCCCAUGUCCCGUAGGAGACAGGGCCUCGCACACAGGUCUCUACAGCACAGGUGUCUGCAGCACAGGUCUCUGCAGCACAGGUCCAACACAUUAACGCUUAAGCUUCAGCGAGGCACCUUCCAGCAUUCUCACGUCCAAAACCCAUCCUGA